AUGAAUAAUGAGCCCUUCACCUUCAACGCGAACGCCCCGUCGUACUACCCCGGAAUGCCCUACCAGGGGGAAGUCCAAGCUAGCCAAAAUGAAAAUGACGCAGACAACGGUUCCUCCUACCUGGGGACGGAGAAUACCGAGGACCCCAAUGUGAAUGAGGUAGAGGAACAAAUAAGAAAAAUGACAACAAGUGAUAAUCAGCCAGUGGAGAACUACGAGCAGGAUAGCCCCAGUGACCUAGAGAAAAAGGAUCAAGGAGAAGAUUCUCAAGGAGAAAAGAUUGUACAAGCAAAAACUAAUUUGGUACAAGUCGAUCCCAGACAACACUUAAAUAUUAUUUUUAUUGGACACGUAGAUGCAGGGAAGUCAACUGCCUGUGGAAACAUCCUUUACAUUCUGGGGUACGUGGAUGAUAGAACCAUAGAAAAGUAUGAAAGAGAGGCCAAGGAGAAAAAUCGGGAGAGUUGGUUUCUGGCAUUUAUUAUGGAUAUCAAUGAAGAGGAGAGACAGAAGGGAAAAACGGUGGAAGUGGGUAGAGCCCACUUUGAGACAAAGGAUAGGAGGUUUACAAUUUUAGAUGCCCCUGGACAUAAGAACUUCAUUCCAAAUAUGAUUAGUGGUGCCGCACAGGCGGAUAUCGGUGUACUUAUCAUUUCAGCUCGUAAAGGAGAGUUUGAAACGGGUUUCGAACGCGGAGGACAGACCCGUGAGCACACGCUUCUGGCGAGAACACUAGGAAUAAACCAACUGAUAGUUGCCAUCAACAAGAUGGACGAUCCUACGUGCAAUUGGAGCGAAGCUCGUUACGACGAAAUACAAAAGAAAAUCACCCCCUUUAUAAAAUCCUGCGGGUACAACAUCAACAAGGAUGUGUUCUUCGUGCCAAUCUCAGGACUCACGGGACAGAAUCUCUCCGAACAUGUCUCCGAUAAAAAUUCCAAAUUAUAUGAUGCCAGGGGUAGUUGGUAUGAUACAUCCAAACCGACCUUGUUUCAAAUUCUGAACACCUUGUCACCCCCCCCUUGGGAUGAAAACGGACCACUAAGAAUUCCCCUUCUGGAAGGAUACAAGGAUAACGGGAUCGUAGCCAUAGGGAAGAUAGAAUCAGGAACCCUGUACGGAAAUAAUAUGAGUUGUACCCUCAUGCCAAAUAAGUUAAAAGUGAAGGUAUUGAAUGUGUACCUGGAGGACGAUGAAGUUCCUUAUGCUAAGCCUGGAGAAAAUGUUCGCGUGAAAUUGUUAGGUGUAGAAGAGGAUCAAAUAAGCAAAGGCUUCGUUUUGUGUGAUUCUUUAAAUCCAUGCGCUGUUGUUAGUGAAUUUAUUGGACGAGUAGCCAUUGUGGAGUUACUUGAACACAAGCCAAUCAUUACAGCAGGAUAUUUCUGUAUUUUCCAUGCCCACACCACUUGUGAAGAAAUUCAAUUCCUGGACAUGCUAGAAGUUAUAGAUAAAAAAUCAAAAAAGAAAAAAAUAAAACCGAAAUUUAUUAAAAAUGACUGCAUCGUUACUGCACACUUUUUGCUAUCUAACCCGGUGUGCAUAGAAGUGUAUGAAAAGCUCCCUCAAUUGGGAAGGUUUACCCUAAGGGAUCAAGGCAAAACCAUAGCCAUAGGAAAAAUACUGGAAUUGAAGGGCUGA